ACGGUUUCACGUAAAUCCGCCAUGUUUAUUACUCGGAGAGACUUUUGUAGUCCAAACAACUCAAGGUGUUUUCGUUUCAUUGAGGGUUCAGUUCCUUCAAUCUACGGAAACGACGGACACAGUAAAUAGGUGUGUAUGCACUUUUAAAAAUGUAUGGAGUGAAAUGUUGAAGGGGGGGCAGCACUCCCCCCCACCCGCACCUCUUCUCCACCUUCGCAUUCAUCAAUGUCAAGGGUUGGUUUUGAUGUCCCAGUUAUCUUGCGUAGCUCUGAUGACACCGAGUCCAUCCUACCUACUCCCGAAAAGCAAAUGGUUCAAGUGACAAAUCCUUUUUCCCUCGAGAUGGGUUCUGGAUCCGCAUCUGUUGCAAAUGGUGUGUGGUUGAAGCCAUAUUGUUUGGAGCCGUGUAUCUUGAGCUGUUUCUGGGGUUGUGAUGUCAGUGCCCUGCAGCGAGCAUUGCAGGCCCACCAGGGUGUCACCAGGUUGAGCAACCCCCAGCAUUUCCGGGAGGCGUUACACGGCUUCUAUCAUCACUGCCAGAGCAUCUAUAUCAGGAGUGAAGACAGAGAAGAACGCUUCACUUGUAUUCCACCUGAACAGGCACUCUCAGAUUUUGGCCCAUUGCCCAGACAACGCUAUCCUCUCGUGGCUGUGUUGACCUUGGCGGAACAAGAAGCUCGAGACACAUAUAAUAUUGUGGCCAGUGUCACUGUAAUUCAUGUACCUGAUAAUAAAUACAACCUGUCCUCAAGGAUUCUCUUCCAACACCUUCUCACCUCACAGGGGAACAUGUACGAAUUAAAAGCUCUUUUUAUGUCAGCUAAUAGCGGUGGAGAAUCUGGUCAUCCUACCGACCCGAUUGUCCGUCCCAGUGAGCCUGAGGAGGAAGAAGAGACUGGAAAAGAGGUAGAGGAUGAGGAAGAUGAUAAAGGCUUGUCAGAGAGACAGGGCAGAGACUGUGUAGUGUGUCAAAAUGCAGCUAUCAAUAGAGUGUUGCUGCCUUGUAGACAUGCUUGUGUGUGUGACAGUUGUUUUUCACACUUUUCACACUGUCCCAUAUGUAGAGCUUUCAUUCAGGAAUCAUUUGCCCUGACUCUUGGUUCUGCUGCAUUUGAACAAUGAAUUACAUAAUGCAAAGUAAACCCAAAACAAAUUAGUGUCACUAUAUUGGAAUUAUUUGAUAUCAUUUAGGUAUUGCUUUUCUAUGAACAUGCUAAUGAAAACCUAGUGAGUAAAUUAAGAUAAGGCUGUAAUAUUUAUGAUAGAACUUUAUUGGGAUUGAGACUGUUUUUAUAAAUAUUUUGUGCUAUUUGUGUAGUGAAUACACAGCUGUAAAUUAGUUCGCAUUCUGCCUCCUCCAGCAGUGUUAUGUUCAUUUAUGUCUGAAUUAGUCAGCCCCGACUGACAACUGAAUAAUUGAGCUGGGAUAGGCACCAGCAACCCUGUGAUCAAGUACAGAAAAAGGAUGACGCCUUAUAGUUGAAUGUAUAACCAGUAUGAUGCAUUAUUUAUUAACCACAGUCAAAUCGUAUUCAACUCCCAUUUUUUUUAUUCCAGGUUGGAGAUCUGUUUAAUUCGUUAAAUUGUCAGUAGUGAGUUGACGCAAAAAUACUAUUUAUCUUGCGCAUUCAUAAGUUUGAUGCCGGGUUCUGUUGUAUUUACUGUCGUUGGACAAAAACAUUCAUUUGCACUGAAAACAAUGAUGUUAAUUUUAAACUGUUUCAAAUAAAAGCGAAAUUAUACAUUAAAAUCUAUGGAAGAGGAAAAGAAAUAAGAGAUG